GUCCAUCUAUCUUUACCUAUUUAUCACUACAUACGGCUCGACACCUUCACCUUUACUCUUCACACCUUUUUUCUUCUAUUGCACCCUCAGGUCCGAUGCAAGAAGAGCUUGCCAUAGCCGUCCAGAUUGCCAGAGGAGGUGACCGUGUAGGUGCCAUCUACAAGGCUCAUCAGUCUCUAGAAAACAGUUUGUCCAAGUUUAUUUCGCUAGUUGAGCUAGCAACAAAUGAUCAAAAGUCAUCUAAUAGCUUUGACCCCUGGGAAGAGCUUAAGGUUCAGGUAGCGCAUGUGAAUUUUGGCGUAUCUGUCUGUUUGCGACUUUUUAGCGAACAUCGUGUCAUGCAAUCGUCAAAGGGAUGUGAAACAGUUGAAGUGCUUUAUACACAAAAAAAAAGUGCCACCGAAAGGCUUCGGUGUUUCCUUGAUUUGAUUAAGGGAAAACUAGAUGGGAUGCUCUCUCCUGCCAUUGUACUUGUCGGGGGGAGAUGCCUCCAACGAGUUAAUCCAGAAAGUGCAGGCUUUUUUGUCCGCUCGUUUUUAGCCAAUGUAACUAAUUCAAGCGAAUACGACGUUCGGGAUGCUGCCCAUGCCCGUAUCAUGGAGUGUGUAGUGGGAAUUCAAAGCACGUUUAAGGAAGUGCUGCCUUCACUUUUGUCACUCGAGGUUGAAUGCUUUGCGGAAUGCGGAAAUAUAAUGUAUCCAUUGGAUUGCGAAGUGGCAAAGCUUCGGAAAUGGAUAUCGGAUAAUGCAGUAGAGGAAUUACUAGCGUAUGAGGCAACGUGCAAACGACGGUGCGCCGAAAAGAAUACCCAAAUAAUGAAAAAAGCUAAACAUCGUGAGUCACUUAUUUCCUCGAAUAAUGGCAUCAUAGAAAAACAGUACCCAGAAUCUGCCCAACAUCCCGUCAAUGGCGUUUCUGAGUCUACAAAUAACAAAGCACCCAACACUCAGUAUUCUUCUCUUCAAUUGCUUCUCAAUCCGUUUCGUCUCGAGGGCUGGAGGUUGCAUGCGAGUCGUGUCGCAGCAGUACUAAUCUGCAUUCUCUUGCUCAAACUAUUACUAACAGGAGCCUUGAAACUUGUCAAAAAUACAGUCAAUGCAAUGCGCUCACCUCCGAGGAGGCAACGGCAAUUAACAUUCUAGUGGAUAUGCAAAUCUCGUUAUAUUAUAUUAAUCCAAAAGUUAAA